UUGUAAAACACAUUUUUGGUCAUAUAUUUGGUUUCUCAUCAUUCCAUUUCUGGUUUUGUUACAAAAAACGAAAAGACGAGUCAGUUUGGGUUCCUCUACAAUUGCGUGACAUUGCAGAAACGAAAGUCUUUGGUAAGCCUUACUGGGAAACGAAACCUACACGGAUCAGAGUUUUUUUGCACAUUCUGUUGAGAACGGGUCUCCAGAUCUUACUCCUCUAAAUCUUCUCACCCUGCCGAAGCGUCUCAAGAAGAUGAAGAUGAUUUAUGUGCUUCUUAACGCUCUUGUGCUGCUGUCGGUGUUGGGCCGAACUGGGGCCAGAUAUCGAACAACUCCUUCAGGUGUGGGACUCUCCACCUUAAACCUGCGUGGUCAGAUGUUUACAGUGACAUAUGGCGGGGAACUCACCAUGUACACAGAUGCGAUCUCUCCCUCACCCUCUUCCUCCCCAUCUCCCUCCUCCUCCCCAUCUCCCUCUUCCUCCCCAUCUCCCUCUUCCUCCCCAUCUCCCUCCUCCUCCCCAUCUCCCUCCUCUUCCUCCUCCUUCUCAUCUCCCUCCUCCUCAUCUCCCUCCUCCUCCUCAUCUCCCUACUCAUCCUCCUCCUCUCCUCUCCCCUACACCAGCUCGUAUCCCUACACUACCUCCUCUCCCUCUCCCUCUCUCUCUGCUCUGACUGUGUGUCUGCGUUACAUGGCUGAGGAGAGGAAAGACUUGACUCUCUUCAGCCUCACUCAGGGAAACUACUGGAACCUUUUACUGAGAAGUGGCUAUGGGAAGGACCACCUCUCCAUCUAUUCCUCCUCCCAGGACUUCUGCUCCUAUAGGCUGCUCAGCUCCAUCAGCGAGCCACGCCCCUGGACAAGCCUGUGCGUUACCUGGGAGAAAAAGAUGGGCGUGGCCCAGGUGUGGAGAGGCGGGACUGUCAGCGUCAGGAAGAGGGUGUUUGGCCAGGUGACCAAUGGGCCUCCUGUCUUGAACGUGUAUAA